AUGUCUGGAAUGCCGGCUUCGGCUACUGCCAGCUACCCGCCAGCAAGUAUACCUGCCGAUUCGUACCAGAAAAUGCCACUCUCAGGAUCAUCGAAUUUCACACAGGAGCCGCAAGAGAUGCCUAUGCAGACGUCCAUGCCAUCAAUGCAACUUUCCCUAGCCGCAACGGAGCAGCAGCCGCCAGCAAUCCGGACGCAAUACGCCUACGUACAGGGAACCUCUGCUCCGCCUCAGCUCUCAGUAACAACAACGUCGAUGGGUAGCAGCUCAGAUCACAGCAAUCUCAGCGUACCGCGGUACGUCGACUCGAACCCGAGACCAACUAAGAGCCCGCGUCAUGGUAGCCAUCAGUCCAUACCCAGCACCAGCUCCAUAAGCAAUAGUAAUGACACAUCUGAGUACCGGUACGGGCCUUCAGGGUACGUACCCGUGAACAACAGCUCCAACGAGCUAAACUCGGCGUCUACAUAUAACGCUGACAGCGCGAGCAGUGCUGGACCAACCGGGCCUGCCUCCAGUGCUCCUUCAUCGGCAGGCGGUCACUCUCACCAUCAACAACCUCAAUCGCAACAACCGCCACCUCGCGAUUAUUAUCCACCUACAACAUCGUGGACAACGACUGCAGGCGAACCCAGCAGCGCCACUGUCCACUCAUACCACAAUAGCGCCGCGACGGGCAACGAAAGCAGUAGGCCGUACGCAUUUCCGAGCAAAAGCGAUCACCCGCCGGCGCCUGGGAGCUAUGCCUCAACUUUAAACCAUUAUUCAUGGAGCCCGACGUGA